AUGGAGGGCGCAGGGCCCCGGGGGGCCGGGCCGGCGCGGCGCCGGUGGGCCGAGGGGCCGCCGCCGCUGCCGCCGCUGCUGCUGCUACUCGGGCUGCUGCCUGGCCCCGCGGCGCCCCAGGAGCUGAACCCGCGCGGCCGCAACGUGUGUCGCCCCCCCGGCUCCCUGGUGCCUGCGUGCUGCACCGGUUGGAGGCAGCAGGGGGACGAGUGCGGAAUAGCGGUGUGCGAGGGCAACUCCACGUGCUCGGAGAACGAGGUGUGCGUUCGGCCCGGCGAGUGCCGCUGCCGCCACGGCUACUUCGGUGCCAAUUGCGACACCAAGUGCCCGCGCCAGUUCUGGGGUCCCGACUGCAAGGAGCUGUGCAGCUGCCACCCGCAUGGGCAGUGCGAGGACGUGACCGGCCAGUGCACGUGUCACGCGCGGCGCUGGGGCGCGCGCUGCGAGCACGCGUGCCAGUGUCAACACGGCUCGUGCCACCCGCGGAGCGGCGCGUGCCGCUGCGAGCCGGGCUGGUGGGGCGCUCAGUGCGCCAGCGCCUGCUACUGCAGCGCCACGUCGCGCUGCGAUCCACAGACGGGCGCGUGCCUGUGCCACACAGGCUGGUGGGGACGCAGCUGCAACAACCAGUGCGCCUGCAACACGUCGCCCUGCGAGCAGCAGAGCGGCCGCUGCCAGUGCCGCGAGCGCACGUUCGGCGCGCGCUGCGAGCGCUUCUGCCAGUGCUUCCGCGGCCGCUGCCACCCGGUGGACGGCACGUGCGCCUGCGAGCCCGGCUACCGCGGCAAGUACUGCCGCGAGCCGUGCCCCGCCGGCUUCUACGGCCUGGGCUGCCGACGCCGGUGUGGCCAGUGCAAGGGCCAGCAGCCAUGCACGGUAGCCGAAGGUCGCUGCUUGACGUGCGAGCCAGGCUGGAACGGCACGAAGUGCGACCAGCCGUGCGCCAUGGGCUUCUACGGCGAGGGCUGCGGCCAUCGCUGUCCGCCGUGCCGUGACGGGCAUGCCUGCAACCAUGUCACUGGCAAGUGCACGCGCUGCAACGCGGGCUGGAUCGGCGACCGGUGCGAGACCAAGUGCAGCAAUGGCACGUACGGCGAGGACUGCGCCUUUGUGUGCGCCGACUGCGGCAGUGGCCACUGCGACUUCCAGUCCGGGCGCUGCCUAUGUAGCCCUGGCGUCCACGGCCCCCACUGUAACUUGACGUGUCCGCCUGGGCUCCACGGCGUAGACUGCGCCCAGGCCUGCAGCUGCCACGAAGACUCGUGCGACCCAGUCACCGGUGCCUGCCGCCUGGAGACCAACCAGCGCAAGGGCGUGAUGGGCGCGGGCGCGCUGCUCGCCCUGCUCCUCGGCCUGCUGCUCUCGCUACUCGGCUGCUGCUGUGCGUGCCGAGGCAAGGACCCCGCGCGCCGGGAGCUCUCGCUGGGGAGGAAGAAGGCGCCGCAAAGGCUGUGCGGGCGCUUCAGCCGCAUCAGCAUGAAGCUGCCCCGGAUCCCACUCCGCAGGCAGAAGCUGCCCAAGGUUGUAGUGGCCCAUCACGACCUGGAUAACACACUCAACUGCAGCUUCGUGGAGCCGCCCUCCGGUCUGGAGCAGCCCUCGCCUUCAUGGUCCUCCAGGGCCUCCUUCUCCUCCUUUGACACCACUGAUGAAGGCCCCGUGUACUGCGUACCCCACGAGGAGGCGGCAGCCGAGAGCCGGGACGCAGAGGCCCCGGCCGCCCCACCUGAGGCGACGGCGUCAUCCCCAGAGCCCCUGACCACACCGGUGUCUGCAGAGGAGGCGGCGCCCCUCCCCGCGUCUUCGGACAGCGAGCGUUCGGCCUCAAGUGUGGAGGGGCCCGGCGGGGCGCUGUACGCGCGCGUGGCCCCGCGCGAGGCCCGGCCGGCCCGGGCUCGGGGUGAGGCUGGGGGCCUGUCGCUGUCGCCCUCGCCAGAGCGCAGGAAGCCGCCGCCGCCCGACCCCGCCACCAAGCCCAAGGUGUCCUGGAUACACGGCAAACACGGCGGUGCCGCCGCCACUGCUCGUGCGCCCUCGCCACCGGCCCCAACACCCGACGCCGCGCCCAGUCCCAGCAAGAGGAAAAGGACGCCCAGCGACACGUCGGCGCGGCCGGACGAGCGCGGCAGUCCCCGAGCCCGCGACCCUGCCCCGCGGCCUCCAGGGCUGGCUGAAGAGGCGCCUGUCCCCGCCGCGCCCUCGCCGCCCCGGGCCCGGGCUCGAGGUCGCGGCCCUGGCUUCCCAGAGCCCGCAGACGCCGGCGGACCCCCGCGCAGCGCGCCCGAGGCCGCCUCCAUGCUGGCCGCCGAGCUGCGCGGCAAGACUCGCAGCCUAGGCCGCGCCGAGGGGACCCCGGGUGCGCAGGGCCCACGGGAGAAGCCGGCGCCGCCGCAGAAGGCGAAGCGCUCGGUGCUGCCUGCCUCCCCGGCCCGCGCGCCCCCCAUGCCCGAGGCACCAGGGCUGGAGAAGGCAGCCGCUGGCGCACCCGCACCCGAGACCCCUCGGAAGAAAACGCCCAUUCAGAAGCCACCGCGAAAGAAAAGCCGGGAAGCGGCAGGCGAGCUGGCGAGGGUGGGCGCGCCCACUCUCUAGCAACGCGUCGCCCGGCCGUACCCGCAGCUUCUCCCCGGCUUCGCAGCGCUGCUUCCACCCCGCGUCUGCGCCCGCGGCUCCCGCCGUGGGCCUGGCCGGGUCAGCCUCCCAUUGGCCUGCUGGAGCCGCGCGGCGGGAGGCUGCGUUCCAUUGGCUCAGGCGCCAAUAGCGGCUCAGUGGCUGGCGGGAAGGCCUAUCCGAUUGGCCGAGGCCUGACUUAGCAGGCGACUCCUCAUUGGCCGAGUUGCGGAGUGCUCUGACCCGCCGGUGUCUCGCUGGCCAAGGUCAGGAGGGUUCGGCCUAGAGACCGCUUCUUAUUGAUCGGAAGUGCACAGCUGGGCUACCUUCUCAUUGGCUGGGGCCAGAAGCCGUUCCUCUCCGGCUGCCUUUCAUUGGCCAAGGCCUGGCGCCUUUGGCUGGAGGUGGCUUUCCUUGGCAGUAGCUGCAAGCUACUUCCACUGGCUUGGCCCCAGGGCAUUUGGUUGACCGGAACCUGGGGAGGAGAGCUGGUCUCUGCUCCUCUUGGGCCUCCGCGCUCCCAAGCUCAACCUGUCCACCCUUCCCUACCCUGGUACCCCAGCCUGGCUUCCCCAGCCCUGGUCUCUCCGCUGUCAAGCUGGUUUUGAUGGCCUCCCCACACCCACCGUGGGCAUCCCAGGGGCGACUCCAAUGGCCAAGGGGACGUGUAUUUAUCGGCCCACGGCAGGGCUUCCCUACCCCACCCGGGUGUCCCCGGAUGGGAUCCUCCCGGCAGAGGCUUGGCCAAAGCUUUCUUAAUAAAAGUGCCUUUUCCUUC